AUGACAAUCCAACCCUGGGAAGCGAAAGCCUCUAUCGCGAGGACGAAACGGGAUGAGUCGGUGGCUCGAGUCGAGCCCCCUCUUCAGGGCUUACCGGACACCUUGCCUCUCAACUCCCAGGAGCUACCAAAAGCAAUCCUAACUUCCAAAGAGAUAGAGAUCACAGAAAAGUAUUCGGUCACGGAACUUCUAGCCAAACUGCAUAGUAGAGAACUUUCCGCUGAGGAGGUCACGAGAGCUUUCCUGCGGCGGGCAGCACUGGCACACUUCGCUACGAACUGCCUUACAGAGUUGCUUUGGGACGAGGCGAUCGAACGAGCUCGCUAUCUUGACUCCUUGCCAGAGCCUGUCGGGCCACUCCAUGGAUUACCCAUCUCUACGAAAGAACAUCACGGCACCAAGUCACCAAAUGGAACCGCUAAUGCCUCUUAUGUUGCGUGGAUCGGCAAGCCACAAGGUUCCAUAUUACUCUAUGAUACCCUCUGGGAUGCUGGUUGUGUCUUCUUUGCUCGCACCACUCAGCCACAGACGAUCAUGCACUUAGAGACCAGCAGCAAUAUAUACGGGCGGACGGUUAACCCUUAUAACCGAGAUUUGACGUGCGGUGGAAGCAGUGGAGGCGAGGCGGCUUUGAUUGGGAUGCGUGGAAGUGUCUUAGGCGUUGGCGGAGAUAUCGGGGGGAGUAUUCGCUGUCCAGCUGCGCAUACUGGUAUCUAUGGGUUCAAGCCAACCGUUAAGCGUGUACCGUCUGGUGGUCAACGAACCCACAUGAUCGGAAAAGAGACAAUUUUCUCGACGCUGGGACCCAUGACAACAGACCGCGAGGCACUCGAGCUGUUUAUGAAAGUCGCUCUGUCUGUGAAGCCCUGGCGUCUGGACCCGUCUUUGACAGCCAAGGAGUGGACGCCAUAUAAAUUCACCAGACCGCUUAAGAUCGCAGUACAAUGGUGGGAUGGUGUCGUGAUGCCUCACCCUCCUAUGAUCCGAGCCCUCAAGGAGGUCUCGGAGGCAUGCAAGGCUGCAGGAAUGGAGGUAGUUGACUGGGACUGCGAAUCAUUGAAUCAUCGAAGGGGCUGGGAGAUUACAGCAGCGCUGUACUGGCCCGACGGUGGAGAGGAAGUCUUGGGUCUUCUAGAGGAGGGUGGUGAACCAAUCCUUCCGCUCACGAAAUUCAUCAUUCAUGAACAACCAUCGGUGAAGAAGCUGGAUCAACACGGGCUAUGGAAGCUCUGCGCUGAGAGAGAUGCUUAUCGAGAAGCAUAUGCCAAACACUGGACUAACACCGGCAAGGCAGAUGGAAAGGAGGUCGACGUGAUCCUAUGUCCACCUUCGUUUGGCGCAGCAACCCCGCAUGAACAAUCGCGUUAUUGGGGAUACACCUCCAACUGGAAUCUAUUGGAUUAUCCCGGCGCCGUAUUCCCUGUCACAACGGUCGAUCCUGAGAAAGACAAGAAGGACUUGGAUUACAAACCGAAAAACGCAGAAGAUCAAUUCGUUUACGAUAUGUACACGCCCGAAAAGUACAAGGAUGCGCCAGUCAGUCUGCAAAUCAUUGGGCGAAGACACUAUGACGAAAAGGUGAUCGCUGCAUUAACGGAGAUUGAGCGUGCUAUGGGAAGGAAAUGAAUUGAGUGAUGGCUAUACAGUAGUAAAACUUGAAAGUCCGUAUCUUGUCUGCUUUCACAUGGCCGCGACUCAGAACGCUUUCGAGCUUUGCAAAGGGUGGCAAAGAGAGCGGGCCAGAUGGUUUGGUAAUGAUAGAGUAUCUUUCCUAUCUCCGACUCCAAAAAUAGUCCGCCCUUCCAAGACAGCAGUAUCCAUACUUCAUCCAUCAUCCUAGACGACACUUCCGUAGAAUGAAGCUAGAUGCCAAAAAGAUCUCUGCAUCAUUACCCUUUCCUCUGCCGCUAUGCAUUUUUUCCCAUAUGGAUGUUUCCUCAGGCAUUGGUCAAGAUUCCUUUCUACGGCGUCGUGAUGAAUGUAGAUCUUAAAUGGAGCUUCCUGUUUCAAUAUUAGUUAGCUAGAUGCUGUCAAAUCGCGAUUAAUAAGUAACGUCGGGACGGCCCCGGGGGUUCCCUUCAUCUUCCGCAUUGGG